AUGGACCAAAUUUGGGAACCGGAAGAGGUAAGGAGUCCGAAAUGUACCUCUGUGACUCCACAUUGUGGAAACUCACUUGUAGUGUAUAAGAUGAACAAGAUGGACUACAUCAGAGGAACUGUGGACAAAACAUUGUUCACACUUGAGAAGAAGAAUGAGAUGAUGAUGGUGCAGAUCUAUGUAGAUGAUAUCAUCUUUGGAGGAACUUCAGAGAAGCUGGUGGAAAACUUUGUGAAGAGUAUGACUAAGGAGUUCAAGAUGAGCAUGGUGGGAGAGUUGAAGUACUUUCUUGGACUUUAA